UUUGUAUAUAUUACAUGGCACGAUUGUUAUGUAAGCUGAGCGACAACACAUUCAUAUUUCAGGCAACAUUGGACUUCGUUUCCAGAUUGCUCUUCAGCCAACACAAAACCAUCACUCUCGGAACAGAAUGCUCGAUCCGUUGACUGCUAUCAGUCUUGCAAGUGCAGUUGUACAAUUUGUCGACUUUAGUGUGAAGUUGGUAUCAGCAGGCCACGAGCUGUAUGACAAGGGCAGCCUUGCGAACAAUGACGAAAUAGAGCAGAUAACCCAGGAUCUUGCCCAUUUGACUGAAGAGCUCGGAGCCGAUCGUCCAACUCCGGCAAAACAGCUAUCUCAGGAUGAAAUCGCUAUCAAGCAGCUAGCCUCGUCGUGUAAAGAAUUGGCCGACGAGAUGUUGGAAGUCUUGACGACCCUGAAACUUCAGAAGCCAGAAAGUGGACUGGAGACAGUAAGGAAAUCUUUGCGAAGUAUGAGGAACAAGGGAAAGAUCCAAGACAUUGAGAAACGCUUGGGGAAGAUUCGUGAUGAGUUGAAUCUUCGACUCACAGCUAUUCUGAGUAAGAAGCAAUCUGGGGUAUUUGCUUUACUCCAAGAUCUGAGUGACGAGAAUAAACGUUAUCAAUCAACCUCUACGCUCAGACUGGAGUUGCUACAGUCUCAGCUUCUGACGGUCCUGGAAAGUCAGAAGAAAUCUUAUGCAAAAGCUCAAGAUCUGGAGGCUAUUUCAGCCAGUUGCCUGUCAUUGGCGGAAGAGGGGACGCAUGUAGCAACCGCCCAGAAAAUUCUCAGAAGCUUGCAUUUCAAGACCAUCAAAACACGGCAGGUCAAUGUCAAGACCGCACACCCCAAAACGUUUGAGUGGAUUUUCAGAGAUGCUGAGGAUGCCCGAAAGUCUCAAACAAGAUUCAGAGAGUGGAUGGGUUCAGAGUCCAAGAAUGGAAUAUAUUGGAUUUCUGGGAAAGCUGGAUCAGGAAAGUCAACACUCAUGAAAUUCUUGAUUAGCCAUCCGAGCACGCUCUCACUUCUAGAGUCAUGGUCUGGCAAGCAGAAGCUUGCUAUUGCCAGCCACUUCUUCUGGAGCUCGGGCAAUGCGAUGCAGAAGUCGCAGGAAGGGUUGCUGCAGUCCCUUCUGUUCCAAAUCCUACGCGAAUAUCCGCAGGUCAUAGAGCCAUGUUGCCUAGAUAGAUGGCAUGCAUCAGAUCGUUAUCAAGAUGACCCGGAUCCUUGGACGGUACAGGAGCUUUCCGACUGUUUCACUAGGCUUGUCGAAGAGCCAAGAGCACCGAAGAUAUUCCUUCUAAUCGACGGCCUGGAUGAGUAUGACGGGGAGCAUGUUGAUCUCGUUAAUGUGCUUCAAAAAUUGAACGGAUCACCCAAGAUCAAGAUAUGCGUUUCCAGCCGGCCUUGGAACGUCUUUGAAGAUGCAUUCGGAGGUAAUGCAGAGCAGACACUCCGCCUACACGAUUUCACAAGGGACGAUAUCACGCGUUGUGUGAGUGAACAACUGGGCGCAGACGCUCGCUUUAAGAAACUGAAAUCCGAAGAUCCUCAGUACCUUCAAUUGGAGAAAGAUAUUGUCGACAAGGCAGAAGGAGUUUUCCUCUGGGUCUUCCUAGUCAUUCGGGCACUUCUGCGAGGUCUGACAGACGACAACGACAUUGAAUUUUUGAAGGAGAGACUUGAUACCCUACCAGCUGGGCUAGAGGAAUAUUUCACAAAGAUUCUAAGCACUAUCGAACCUGUCUACCAGGAACAGACAGCGCGCAUAUUUCAAGUCAUGGUACACUCCACACAGGAUCUCUCUGCGGUGGGCCUUCAGUUCCUAGCAAAUGAGAAGAAGGAUCCCGAUUACGCGCUUCAUGAGAAGCCCCCGUUCGUGACCGCCGAAAAGGUCAAUACCGUAUCAGUAAGGAUGCGAAAGUAUGUCAAUGCCAGAUGCAAAGAUCUUCUCGACGUCGCCAUCAUGCCACUCGACGACGAGGAUCUUUUCUCUUAUCGCGUGGCCUUCCUCCACCGCUCAGUUCGAGACUUCCUUGCGACAAAUGAAAUGUAUAAUUUGCUCAGAAGUCGAACGGGGAUUGACUUUGACGCAAGGGCAUCCCUGUGCAAAAUGACUCUGGCAGAAAUUAAGACAACUUGCUAUAUUCCACAUACGGGUUCUGAUAAAUUAUCCCUUGAUACGCUCGGAAGUUUGAUAUACGGGUUCUUCAAUUACGUACGAAUAGCAGAGAGAAGCCGGGGAAUUUGCGACGUAGCACUGAUAGAUGAGCUUCAUGAUAUCUUGAGGAGAUACCAGAGUUUCCAUGGAGAGAAACUUGUUGAAAUGAUUCCAGCAUACCGCUAUCCGGACAACGAGCCAAUCGUUGCUCUUGCGGUCGAGGAAAGCAUUCUGUCCUAUGUCCGAGACAAGCUGACUCUCUGUCCGCAAUUGAUUUCCAAUAGCGUCAAUUUUUCUCUGCUCGAUCAUGCUACUACUCUCCCAACAUUAGGCUUUGUGCUUGGAAAUGUACAUUCCACCAGAAAAUUGGACGUCGAGAUAAUUGCGUUUCUUCUGAGCCAUGGAGCACGGCCUAACAGAAAAGACCCCCAAACCCACCGCUCGACCUGGGACCGUUACUUGAAGCAGUGGUAUGAAGACAGUUCGGGUUUCACCCAAACUCCAAGUCGUACCUUGUUAGAUAUAGUAAUACUGUUCAUUCAAAACGGGGCCGAUCCAAACAUCGAGGUUGCGACUGAAGGCAAUUACAAGAAACAUGCUACCAAGGGGAAGUGGGGUCGACCACGGACAAUCAAACUUCCCGUUCCAUUAAAAGACAUCUUGGAGGCAAGGUUGACGCCCUCAAAUCUUGCGCUGGUUAACAGAGUUCUGGAGGAGAAGAGAAGGUUCUCUAUGUGGAAAUGGAUUGGUUGGGAGUGAGUCAAUGUCAUCAAAAGUAUCCAGGACUUGACAUAUUUCCGAAUUAUUCAAACGUCUAUGUGGCCUUGCAACGAAAGGCACGCCAUACUGUACCUUGGAUUAGACACACCGAAAUAACGACACGAAGCAAGGACACUGCCAAAUGAUAGUGCAGAUCUCAAAUAAUAGUGGCAUUGAGGAGGUUUAGCUUUGGGUGAGCUUGGACGACACGAGGACUCCUUCAUCAUAGGUGAAAUACAGAGCAUUCCUGAUUUUCACCUCCCCGCGUCAGACGUCCGUCACUGCACUCGUAAUCAGAGACCUGAAGUCGCUUAAUUCAAAGGAAGACUUAAGAGGAAGAUACACAAGGAAGAAGAGCGUUAGAUAUUCAGUAAAUCCCUAAAAUAAUAUACUUUUAAAAGACAUUGAUCAAAUAAAUUAUUGACUAC